GCGGAGGCGGCGGCGGCCGGAGCGGGGCCGGGCCAGCGCGAAAUGGCGGACAGGUUCUCCCGCUUCAACGAGGACAGGGACUUCCAGGGCAAUCACUUUGAUCAGUAUGAAGAGGGGCACCUGGAGAUAGAGCAGGCAUCUCUAGACAAGCCCAUCGAAUCGGAUAAUAUUGGACAUCGCUUACUCCAGAAACAUGGGUGGAAGCUGGGCCAGGGAUUGGGAAAGUCACUGCAGGGGAGGACAGAUCCCAUCCCUAUCGUCGUCAAGUAUGAUGUCAUGGGCAUGGGCCGGAUGGAGAUGGAGCUCGACUACGCCGAGGAUGCCACAGAGCGGAGGCGAGUGCUGGAGGUGGAGAAGGAAGACACUGAGGAGCUGAGGCAGAAGUAUAAGGAUUAUGUUGAUAAAGAAAAGGCCAUUGCCAAGGCUUUGGAAGACCUCAGAGCAAACUUCUACUGUGAACUCUGUGACAAGCAGUAUCAGAAGCACCAAGAGUUUGACAACCACAUCAACUCUUAUGACCACGCUCACAAGCAGAGGUUGAAAGAUCUCAAGCAAAGGGAAUUUGCACGCAAUGUCUCAUCGAGAUCCCGGAAAGAUGAGAGGAAGCAGGAGAAAGCCCUGCGGCGCCUUCAUGAGCUGGCUGAGCAGAGGAGGCAGCCUGACUGUGCUCCUGGAAGUGGGCCCAUGUUCAGGACCACCACGGUGGCUGUGGACGAGGAAGGAGGUGGAGACGACGAUGAUUCUGCGGCCAACAGUGGCUCCUUCAUCCAGAUGAGCUCCGGCCAGGCCACAGAGAUGACCACAGACAGAGGUUUCCUGAACAUUGGACAAGGCACUGUGGUGCCAGGCCAGACGCCCACCCAGGGGGCACAGGCCAUCAGCUUUGGCAUUAAGAGCUCUUUGGGAACUCCACUGCAGAAGAUAGGGGUGUCCUUUUCCUUUGCCAAGAAGACCCCAGUUAAGCUGGAGACCAUUGCUUCUGUUUUCAAGGACCACGUGGAUGAGUCCAGUUCUGCAGAUGGGGUGAAAGGUGAUGAGAAGGGGUCCUCGGAGGCUGGCAGCCUGCAGAAGUCUGGGGAGGGUGAAGGCACCAAUAAUUCUGAUGGCAAGGCAGAGGAUGAUGACCAGCAUGACAAAGACAGCGGGGCUCUGGCCAGCACCUUAUCCAAACUGAAGAAGAUGAGGCGAGAAGAUGGACCAACGGCCGUGGAACCAGAAUAUUACCACUACAUCCCCCCAGCCCACUGUAAAGUAAAGCCCAACUUUCAAUUCCUGCUUUUCAUGAAGGCUACUGAGCAAACGGAAGUGGAAAAUACGAAUAAAAAAAACGUGCGUGAAGUGAAAAAGGGGAGUCCCCCCAAACCCAGCAAGCACAUGGAAAAGGCUGCUGAGAGCACGGGUCAGCAGAAGGAGCAGAGUACUACUGAAAGCACGGCUCAGCAGGGCAAAACAGAACAGAAAGACAUCCCAGAGAAUGAAAAUACACAGGAAAGCAAACACCGUCCAGAGAGCAAUCCCCCCGAGCCAGACACUGCUAAAGAAGCUCCUCCUCCUGUCUCGGGCUGCAGAGAUGGCUCUGAGGGACCAAAGCACCCCACAGGACCUUUUUUCCCUGUUCUGAGUAAGGACGAGAGCACGACGCUGCAGUGGCCUUCGGAGCUGCUCAUCUUCACCAAAGCUGAGCCCUCUGUGUCCUACAGCUGCAACCCCCUGUACUUCGACUUCAAGCUCUCCCGUAACAAGGAUACAAAAGGGAAAGGGGCAGAGAAAUCCAAGGAGCUGGGGGGGCUUUGUAAAGACAACACUCAGAGCACAGAAUCUGGUGAGGUGAGCAAAGCCAAGGAAGCUGAAAGUGCAGGGAGCAGUUCUGUUCAAAAAAUGGAAAACAGAUCCCAGAGCAAGCAGGAGUCCAGUCUGGGAGGCAUCGGUAAGGGAGAGGGGGAGUACAGCAGUAUAACAGGUAAGAGUAAAUCUGGAAGGUCCCAUAAACACAAAAAGAAAAAGAAGCACAAAAAGUCCAGCAGACACAAACGCAAACACAAGGAGGAAACUGAGGAGAAGGCCCGGAAAGCUGAGCUGGGGGAAGAGAAACCCAAGAAACGGAAAAGGCACAGACACAAAAAGGGUAAAUCCUCCCUUUCAAUGGAGUCAGAUCGGGCACUGAAACCUGAACUGUCUGAAAACUGCAGCCAUUUCCAGAAGAAAAAGCGAUGCUCCCAGGAGUCCCAGAGGAAAUCCCUGUCUGCUGAGGAGGGAAGCAGUGGUAAAAAAGAGGAUGGGGGUAACUCCUGCCAAGAGCACGGCAGCAAAAGACACAAGGCUGAGUUGCAGCAGGUGCCUGGUGCGAGGAGGCGCUGCCCUGCUGUGUCCGAGGCCCGGAGCGGCCACAGGAACCGCCAGAGCAGUGGCGACUACGACAGCGAUGAGGGCUCCCCCAGCAAGCACUGCCGGCAGAAGUCUCCAUCGCAGUACAGCGAUGACUACGACUCAGGCAGCGAGCACUCCCGCAGCCGCUCCCGCUCGGGCCGCAGGCACUCCUCACACAGGUCCUACUCCAGCAGCUCGGAUGCGUCCUCGGGGCACAGCCGCUACAGCCGCCACAGGAGCUACUCGGAUGACAGCUACAGCGACUACAGCGACCGCUCCCGCUGCCACUCCAAGCGCACCCAGGACUCAGAUGAUGACUCCGACUACAACAGCUCAAACCACCGCUCGAAGCGGCGCAAAUACUCCUCAUCGGAAGAUGACUACAGCUCGAGCAGGAGCCGGUCCAGGAGUCGGAGUAGGAGCCGAACCCACCCUCGAGACAGGUCGAGGUCGAGGAGCCGGGGCAGGAGCCGCAGCAGCAGCUGCAGCCGCAGUCGGAGCAAGAGGAGGAGCCGCAGCAUGACGGGACACAGCUGGAAGCGCAGCCGCAGCUACAGCCGGGACCGCAGCCGCAGCACCCGCAGCCACUCGCAGAGGUCCCUGUCACGGAAGGGCUCGCGGGGCCACGAGAGCCCUGAGGAGCGAAGGUCUGGCAGAAGGGACUUCAUCAGGUCCAAGAUCUAUCGCUCCCAGUCUCCUCACUAUUUCCGGACAGGCCGAGGUGAAGGGUCACUGCUGAAGAAGGAGGAUGGCAAAGGAGAGGAUCUGAAGGGAUCUGGCUCCCUGUCCCAGAACAGCAGCGGUUCUGGCAUGGGGCGGGCCUCGGAAGGGGACUGCAGUCCUGAGGAGCGGAACUCCGUCACCGCAAAGCUGCUUCUGGAAAAGGUGCAGUCCAGGAAGGUUGAGAAGAAGCCCUGUGUCACUGAUGAGAUGCAGUCAGGGACAAACAAGGUGGGUAUAAAGCUCAAAGAUCCCCCCCAGGGCUACUUUGGUCCCAAACUGCCUCCUUCCUUAGGCAACAAACCGGUUCUGCCCUUAAUUGGGAAGUUGCCAACCAUUCGGAAACCAAACUCCAAAAGAUACGAGGAGUCUGGCUUGGAGAGGGGUGAGGAGCAAGAGCUGUCAGAUGCUGAGGAUGGUUCCCAAGGCAUGGAGGAGGGUCAGCUGGCUGGCCAGUCUCUCCUGGAAGAUGUAGUGAUGGUAAUUCAGGACAAACCUCUGGAUGAGCAGAAGCGUGAUGAAGCCUCUGUGGAAAUACCGUCCCUUCCCCUGGAUGCGCCUGCGCUCCCUGAGUGCUUUGGCUCUGGAGAUCUGGUCAUGCCCCACAACUUCCUCUCAGAUCCAAGUGACGGUGAUGGGUUGGAGCCUAUGGACGGGGGCAACCAGCCGGUCCCAGUGGAAACUAGUAUGAUGCCCUUAGUUCCGGAUGUUGAGCGCUUUCCUGGCUACGUGCCUCAGAGCGGGGAGCCGAGCAUGGAAGGGGAUCAGGAGGGGGGAGAAGACUCCUCUCUAGCCCCGCUGGAAAGCCAGCCCAUCACCUUCACCCCCGAGGAGAUGGAGAAGUACAGCAAGCUGCAGCAGGCUGCCCAGCAGCACAUCCAGCAGCAGCUGCUGGCCAAGCAAGUCAAGGCCUUUCCCGCCUCGGCUGCCCUGGCGCCGGCUGCGCCUGCGCUCCAGCCCAUCCACAUCCAGCAGCCAGCAGCGGCAUCGGCCACGUCCAUCACGACGGUGCAGCACGCCAUCCUGCAGCACCAUGCUGCUGCCGCCGCCGCCGCCAUUGGCAUCCACCCCCACCCGCACCCGCAGCCCCUCGCUCAGGUCCACCACAUCCCCCAGCCACACCUGACACCCAUUUCCUUGUCCCACCUGACCCACUCGAUUAUUCCAGGGCACCCCGCCACGUUCCUGGCCAGUCACCCCAUCCACAUCAUUCCGGCGUCUGCCAUCCACCCGGGCCCCUUCACCUUCCACCCUGUCCCUCACGCUCUCUACCCGACCCUCCUGGCUCCGAGGCCUGCAGCGGCUGCCGCCGCCACAGCCCUGCACCUCCACCCCCUGCUGCACCCCAUUUUCUCAGGGCAGGACUUACAGCAUCCACCCAGCCACGGAACAUGAAGGACAAAAUGAAGGAACCUCGGAGGAAGGAGAAUAGUUGGCAUUUUGGGAAGGGAUUGGAGUAGAGCCAGUGGGCAGGUGAGGCCUGAGCAUUUCCUUUAACUCUUGAGCAGCCAAAGAAACUGGAGGCUCGAGGGCUGGGCUGUUGGCUGUGUCCCAGCAAUGUCUCGCUCUGACUCUUCUGUGCACGCAGCAGCACCGCUCCAGAAGAACCAUUUCACCUUUAGAACAGCAAGACACUUGAAAAGGCUUUUUUCCCCCCUUGGAUUCUUACACUUGGUCAUCUUCCUUCUGCCACCUUGUAUAUGGUAAAUGAGGUUUCAUACACACUAAUAGGUUCUCCAGAAAUCCUUUUAAUGAGGUCAUCUAAUUGAAAUAGCAUUAUUGAAUCCAGCUUGUAAUUGGCGAUGGAACAUCGGGAGCUGUUAGCUGUGGAGAAGCUGGAGGCCUUGGUGUUCAGGCAUUGCAGGAGGUUCCUUGGCCCCAUCACUGCACAUGUGGGGUUUUCCUGGUGUGAGCAGCAAAGGUGGAAGCAAGAUCUUAGUGUAAAGAGGAGGAGGAGCUCUAUGCAUGUGCCCAGAGCUACCAUCCUUCUCCAUCCUGCAUCCACAUUCUCCUGCACCAGGACCGUGCCUGGAUAUCCCAGACAGGAGAGAGGUUCUCAGGUUGGGAUUCCAGUCUGGGCUUUGACCACUCUUCUCCUGAAAUGGGAAAAAACUAUUAAUUCCAUCUUCUGUGGUUUUGGGAAAGAGGCACUGGGAUGGGAGAGAGAAGGAAAAUCCUGUUAGGAAUUGAAGCAAUACAGAGAGAGGAGCACGGCUAGGAUGUAAAGCGUGUUCUUUCCUCUGUAACACUGACGGUUUCCUUAUUAAUUUAUAGGAUUUUUUUUUAAUGUAAAGAAUUGCACUGAACUCUGUAAACAAAGAUGCUGCUUUUUGUAGCUCCUAUCAAAGGUUACAUUUGUAGUAUAUCGCAAUAAUAUUUUUUACAGCCAGUUCUUAGUGGUACUUGUUCUGGUGGCUUCUGUGUAAAUAUGUUUGCUGUAGGUGACCCAAGACACUUGUAAAGGUUCAAUUUAUAGUUUCAGCUAGAUGCAGAACAGCUAAGCAUGUAUAUUUUAUCAAGCUCAUGUAUUUUUGAAGUUUUUAUGUACUAUAAAGUGUAAAAACAAAAAAAAAUCUUCAUUUAGAAUUUUGCAGAAGAAAAAAAAACCAACAGGUAAGACAGGCAAGGUGAGGGAUGUGGGAGUAGCAGUGACUCUCGCAGGUAAUGCUGCAUUCCUCCCUGCCAUAGGAACGGGCACUAUAGCAGCCUAGGGAGCAGCAGGAAUUCAGGGUGCUCCAAGAGAAUAGAGAGCCUUUUUUUUUUUUUUUUCUUUUUCCUUUUCCCCCGCUUUGGAACCAGUAAUGUGCAGACUCUGCUCGUGCAGGAGGAGCCUUGGGACUGUUCCCAUCCCACAGACAGGGUUACCCCAGCUCAGUCCAUAAAGGAUUUCCCAGUUCUCCCAUCACCCAGCUCAGGUGACACUGCCCGUGGGAGCUUUGCCACCCCAGUGCAGGGGUUGAGCUGCUGCUGUCCCCACUCACAGGGCAGGUGUCACAGCCCCUGGGCCACCACCGCUGCAAGGAGGGGUUUUUGAGCAGCAUGGGGAUGUGGUAUCUGCGUCCCUUUCCCUGUCCCCUUCCUCAGUCCUCUUCCUGUCUCCUCCUGGAAUGCAGCACCAGACCAGGCAGAGUUAAAGGAUCAAAACCCCCUGAGCUCCCUCACUGUGUAAAGAAGAACUUGGAGCAGGUCAGAGUGACUGCAGUCACAAAAAAGGGACUCAAUUUCCUGUAAAUACCAAACAAUUCAGUGUUACUGUCAGAGAUGAGCUUCGUAGGGCCCACCCAUGCCCCAGCCCCAUCGCACUGUGGGCAGGGAUUAUUUUUGGACUUCAGGAUAGCGCUAAAAUAAUUAACCUGUCAUUACUUAAUGAGCAUAAACAGACUGUAUUUAACUUUGUCACAUAAGAUAUAUAUAUAAAUAUAUAUAUAUGCUGUAAAA